AUGUACCGCGAGCGCCUUUUUCAGCGCGUGUCACGAACUCCGCACGGUGAACCAGAGGACACAGCUCUGUUCGCCCUCUACCGACUUUACGAGCAUUUGAUAUUGAACGACAAUAUUGGCCUGCGGAAUGAGCUCGAAUACUUCUGGUACGCAAGGUGGCCAGUCGCGUCUAUUCCUGACCCUCGAGACACGUCAAAGUCUCGCUACGCGGUUCUUUCUGCUAUACCAGCGUUAUUGGUUGAGGCAUUCAACGAGCGCAUCAGUUUGGGACUACCUCGAAAAGCAGACAGCAUCGUUUCCCGUGAAGAAUUAGAGCAAUACCAGAAAGAGGACAAGCUUUUCGAGAUAGUCCCAGAGUGGACGAACCAGGUGCCACGACUUGAACAAACCUUUGUGGUUCCACAUGAUAAUGACGAAGUCCUUGAGUCGAUGGAGGAUGUAAGGGCGAGUGCUCAGUUGGCUGAGAAGAAUAUCCUGCACUGGCUACCCCACAUCCACUUUAUUUAG